AUGGAUACCCCCUAUCAAGAAUUACAUGAUCUUUACGUUACCAGGCCAACUCCUUUAGAUUCGGUCGAGGAGUUGUUUAGGGAUCUGGGGAAUCCACUGGACAACGAUAAGAAUUAUCUUUACUCGAUCGAUAAGCUCGACGUCAAGUACAGAUGGGUUCUGCAGGAAUUUCUUAUAAAGGCUGCUUCUUCUCCCCCGGAUCAUCCAUAUCUCCAAGCGAUCAAAAACGCUGCAAAUCAGGUCCUAGAGUAUACCCUCCGCCUACAUAAUGCUUUCGUUGAACGCCUAGCCCAUAUAUCGCUAUGCUAUGAAAGGGAUCCCCGAAGACCUUACGAAUAUCAUUUCUUUUGGACUUGCAAAUGGGUCUACCAGGGCAGGAGAAUUGAGAAGCUAAUGUCACCUGGUAAGAGGGCCCACCGGAGUGAAGACGAAAUCACCGGCGGGAGCAAUAACGAAAGGGACAACAAUAUGAAUGCCGAAACAAGGAUCGUCGAUGAAAAGAAUGGCAAAGGUGGAGACCACGACGGUCCGGACAACCAGAAUAAGGAUGAUAACUCUGCAGACAGCAACGACACAACUCCAACUUCCAACCCCAACAAGCCUCCCACGUUACCAACAGGGCAAUGCGCCAGAUGUGGCGCUUCAGAAGCAUCACUCAUUUGUACUGACUUAGACUUGCCAGUCCACACACCGCUGUGCCUUCGUCGUGUGCAGCUUUCGAAGGUUUCGCUGGUCCUGUGCAAAUUCAUGUCUGUCGUGGAGUCUCUAGCAACUACCUUUGUCGUCAAUUCAUCCUGGGAAGAGAGUGACAUGAUUAUGUUAAAAGAACGUAUUCCAUAUCUAGAGGCUAUGUGUGGAAAAUACAUCAUGCAUAGGUUUCCUAAUAGCCUCCCAUCUCAAUCAAUAGGGUCGGGAACAGUCUUUGAAGACCAGUAUGCUCGGGAGGUGAUAUACCUAGUUCGCCCUCUGAAAGAGUUUAUCUUAGACGAGCUAUGUCAAGACUUUAAGAUAGUCACAGUUCUCGUCAAGAAUGCCAGCAGCUCGGUCUGUUACCAAUACGAUCAUAGCAUAAGGAAGUCCAACAUGAUGGAUCCUCAUUAUGUUCUUCGACUGACACUGCUAGGCGGAGAGAAGUUCGCUCUUGAUCUCGCGGCAAAGCGUUUCGGGUGGGGAAAUUAUCUUAUGCCCUGGGACGUUUUCGAGAACGAGCGAAUCUGGAAAAUUGUCGAUACAACUCGUACGGCCCCAACUGACUUCAGAGACCCCUCCGUCCCCGCCGCAUACUCGGUCAGCAUCCACAAGGAAAUGUUAGGCGACCUAAUCGACGAAACACAAAUAUACAUGGGCAUAGCCACCAGCGGAGAGUCUUUCUUAGAUGUACUGACAAGAAUCAGUAAGGUAGAGUACAGGAUCUGGGAAGCGGGUUACAUCGAAGCUUUGAUGAAGUACUGCGUGGAAGUGGCCGAAUUGCGCCUCGCCGAGUGUCGUGGCUACAUGUACCUCAACCCGGAUUGCGGCUUGCAAAUCACAACUCAUAGAAAAGACCAUGUGGCCUUGGCAGAUGUCUGGCUGUCGGAGGAAGAAGCCGCAGACCUCAAGGACGAGCGGGAAGAGGCGCUGAAUGCAAUAUGGAGGGACCGUAUCAACCUAUGCCGUGUGAAUUUCAAGUGCGCUCCGCUGUGGACUGGAGAGUGA